AUAAAACAAACAAAACAAAAGGAAAUAUAAAUAACGAAAUUUAUCAUAAUUCCUGUGGAAUUCAGACAUUUUUGUUUUUGUUUUGAACUGUUGUACUCUGAAUCUUUGAUCUCGAUCUCUCUCUCUCUCUCUCUCUCUCUCAUCCACCUCUAAUACGAAAUACUUCCGACAUCCAGAAGACCCCUGUGGAAUUGAGACUUUUUUCUUUGUAGUGGACUGCUGUACUUUGAAUAUUUGAUAUCCCAUUCAUUCAUUCUCUCUCUGUCUCAGAUCCGCCUCUAAGAGAGAUACUUCCGACAUCCUUGCAGACUUCCUAUCGGGAAGUAGUAGAUCUGCAUUAUUCUAUCAUCUGUUAUUCCAGACAUUUACCACAAACGCCGUCAAUGCAGAUGCUAUAAGAACACAUUUCCGAUUUGUAUAAAUUAUAGGUAAUUCUGUCGGAAUGUCUGUGUUAUACACUGCAGGAUCGGGGAUUGUCAAGAAUUUUCUUUGUAACGGACAAAAUUUCUAAUCGUUUACAUACUCUGGAAUAAUGGCAGUGAAAAUGAAUAGUGUGUUCUUCUUCGCCCACUUUGAAAUAUCGUAAAUACUUGUAAAUUUUAUAAUUCUUGACAUUCUUUUUGGAGACGAAAUAUGAAUGAGAGAAAGAGAAUAAGAUCUGCAAUCAAAAUAUUUGAAAUAAUCGUUGUCAUUACUUCGCAAAAAAACUGAAUGAAUUCACACAUGAAGCCUUUUUAAAUAAGAAGUAUUGUUAGGAGAAGAAUGUAUUUUACAAUUGUUGUUCAAACGCCCUCGGUCUGUAUACAAUAUAGAGUCUCCCUAUGGUGCGUAGGCAGUUAUAUACACUGGGAAAAAUGAUUAGAACAAAUACUAAUUAAAAUUUGGCAUGUCUACACUUCUUUGAUUUACUCGAGCUGUGACUUAGAAUUGACCCCCAAGCCGCUAUUUCUGGGGGUAUGUGUCAAAUGUUUCAUAUUUAGGUUUGUUUAAGUUUAUUCACUGCGAGAUCGACGCUUGGUUGCAGAUGGCAUGAUUAGAUUUAUAUUUGACAUACAUCUACCCACCCAGUAAACAUCAGAUAUAUUUUAUCUAUUACCUUUAAAUAGGUGAUAUUUAUUUUAUGAGAAGCCGUGUAGUUUUAAAUAUACAAAAUGAGGAUUUUGUCCCAUUACAACCUAGGACUCGCGUCCACUUAUUUGUGGUUUUAAAUCCUAGUCCGAUUAAGUGAAACUUGAACAGAAUUUUUUGUUCUUUUAAAACAUGUUGUGAUCUGAGGAAGAAUGUGGAUGUUGUUGUGAUAGUAUUUUGCAGAUUCACCCAGAUCUGGAAUUUCCGUUUUUAUCGAUUUUUCUGUAAAAAAAGAGAAGCAACAAUCUGUUGAGUUUCUUGCAGCCAUUAUUGAAAACACAUAACACGAAACUGAUUCUGUCACCUUCGGUUGGCACCCAAGGCGACCGGGAUCAAUUCCGUUAAUUGAGUUUUAGUGUGGUACAAACUAAACGCGCCGGUUGUAGUGGGCUCUCUGUGGCAAAGAACACGACAGAACCGCGAUGAUAUUCCGAAGGAGAGGAUUGUUGUCAGAUGAGGAAUGAUUAGCAGGAUUGUGUGUGUGUGUGUUGCCUAUCAUUAACAUAAUGUAAAAGGGAACAGAGGUGCUUCGGAGUCUGUACAUCUGCUUUCUAGUGUUGUUGCAGAAAACAGGAAAAUAAAAUACAGGACGUUUUUCGGAGAGCGAUUUCAUCUGCAUCUCGCAGCGGAAUUGUUCAUAUUUUGAAACCGGUGUUCAAGGAAACCCGGAUAUAGUUUUGAUGUUUAGAUACAAAGUCUAUAGGGAUAUCUGUACAAAUUUAAUCAGACCCACAUGACGUAUAGAUAGACAGUUUAUCAGGAUGAGUGAUUUCGAUGAUUUUGAUGACAAGAAUCUAUUCUCGGACACAUUCGAUUUGUUAGAGGACAUUAAAGCCGCGGGAUAUGACUUAAAGAAAUCGAAAUUCUUCAACACUCCGAUAGAGAAAAUAUUCGAUUCUCCAUUUUUCACAAGAAACAGAAAUCGGGCCAGAGGGGAAUCCUCUACACGGAGAUUUCCGACUUUCUCUUCAAAUUCGUCGAAAAAAUCAACAUCGACGACAGAGUCUUCUGAAACCGAUUCUGGUGACGAGCUUUUUCAUUCGAGAGCCUUUCGAAGAUCGGAUUCGACUUACUCUACAUCUAGUCAUGAUACCACAAGUUCCGGAGAGACGGCGUCUGAUGCUUCGUCCACGCGGAGUAAUCCCAUAAAAGUGAACGUCACGCGACAAAUUCCGGUGCAGCAUUUUGUGACAUCCAGUAAAAACUAUCAACCCGGUAUACCAAAAAAAUCAGAAAACGAAGUUCUGAAAGACGAAAGACAUUCGAUGCCAUACAAACUUUAUUCACACCAAGAGAAUGAAGCAAAUGAAAGGACUCAGGCUAUGUCUUCCACGACAGAAAUACCCGUUUCAGAAAGGGAUGGUGUUUCGAGAUUUCCGUCUCCUCUGAGUAAAUCCACAGAGUUGCAAAAUAAACCAGAGGCCAGUGCCAGUCAGAGAGACAGGAAGUUAAACCCGCCAGAAUUAUGUAGUGUUACUAGAUAUGGACAAUCUAAAAGUCUGCCGGAUGUAUUAAAGACUGACAGAAUGGCAGUGCCCCCCAAUGUUCCGAAGGUUGGAUGCGAGAAAGGGGAACAGCCUUCCUGGGACGAGCGACAGGGGCGUAUAGAGGGUGCCUUAAAAUGGCUUAGGGCGGAACUGGGUCUGUUGAGGGCUCAAGACAAGGUGCUCCUGUCUCAGCUGAAGAGAUGCCAGGACACAAUAGAGGUGAUCAAGAAGCAGAGGUCUGAGGAGAUAGAUGAGGAGGGCGAGGAAGAAGAGGAGCACUGGGAGGACUGGGAAAUAGCAGAGUUUGAUAGAAGAUGUAGAGAGGGAGAGAUCAUUGAUGACCUGUCACCCUCAUGCACAAAAAAGACAAUGGACAUUUCUUCCAAUAUGACUGAAGUCAAGUCUUGAUAUUGGAAUGUGAUGUAAUUGUAUUGUCACCCGUGACAACGUGACAAGGCUCUGCUCUUCAGUCAUGAUGCUGCUACAGCUACCUAAUGUGUUCAUCAGAAGAAAAAUCCUGCAACACCUCGCGCACCAAAAGAACUUAAGUGCUCAUCAGCUCUAAGUGCAUACCAGACAUCUUGGAAGCCAUAUAUUUGAACCUGCAGUUGGUUUAACAAAGCAUUGUAAGAGCCAGCACCUAUCGCACACUACAGAUAUGCUUGUCAAAAAGAUGUGGAAGUUUUGAUUGAUGGUCGCUCAGUAAGGGGAGCAGUUUUCAUGGCUCUCCAAGAAAAGCAUGGAAAUCCAUAAUUCUACUGGGAAGACAGUGGGAGUGUCAAUCACAGUGUUUUAAGUACAAAAGCAAAUUUGGUGCAGUGUUUUAAUGUUUCAUUGAAAAAUAUGGGGAAACAUUAUUCUACAGUCCAGUCUCUUCUGUACAAGUGAAAGCAGUCCUCACAUUUCUUGGACAAAUUUAAAACAUGUCUUAAUUUCUUACCAUAUGGAGUAUGUAAUGUCUUUUCUAAUGGUUACAAUGCAAUAUGUUUAAAUUAUCAGUGCCAAAUUUGUAAAUAUAAUACUCAAGAUUUACUCCUACUCACAAAUUACAGUGCCAACAUUCAGUUAAGCAUAACCAUUGUGUUCUCAGAAUUUUCAUUUAAUUUUUUUAUAGUACAACUGAAAGUAUACGACACACGUGUAUCAGAUAAACGGGACGUUAAGAAAUUGUUUCAAAUUCUUGUAUAAUGCUCAGGUUUACAUCCGAACUAAAUCAAAGUUGUAAUUUGUCAUAUUUAUGCAUUCAUAAGAAAAUCACACUUCAAAUGAAGCAGCCCCUUAGCUUUUGCAUUGUAUUAAAAGAUGUUCAGUUUUAUAUCUACCCAUACAGAAACACAGUAUGGACAAGUCUCAUGGACAUUGUGGAGUGUUUUAUCCAUUUAUAUAUUGUAAAAACAAAACAAUAAAUGCCACCAAAAAGAA